AUGGCUUUCAAGAUCUUCGGCCUUGGCUUUCUUCGAGACUGGAAGCGCAAGCAUCCUGCCGAGACCCAGAGAAAACAGUCUCCAAACAAGUGGCAAGCCCUGCAGCUGGAAAGUGAAAAUAUUGAACUUCGUCGAAAUUUGCAGGAAGCCACCGCAACUAUUGACGCCCAGGAGAGGCAACUUGCAGAGUACGAUUUCCUCCUCGCACAUUCUCAAGUCCGGGAAAUUGAUUCCACAGUGAGGUCAUUUCGGCCCGACAUGAACAGAAGCCCAAUGCCCAUUAAGGUGCUCAACCCCAGGUCUAACCCUACUUCAUCUUGGAUUCAAGACAUCUGGCUCUGCAUUGACCAUGAUAUUAAAUGCCUCAAAGACGCAGAACGUCAUUGGAAGAACGGAAACCCCGCCUCUGCACUCCAGUAUGUCAAAAGUUGCGUCGAUGACGGCUCCAACUCUAUCGAUUCGUUAAUUCGCCCAUGUGAGGAAAUGCGCUGCCGGGCCUUUAUUGCCGCGGUCUUGCAUUCAUUUGAAAAAUAUGAGGAUUCUAAUCAGCGGGUGGAUGCCAUCCUGCAAAUUAUUGCUAAUGGCUACAUGCAUGGCCGUAUGUUUCUGGGGACCGGCUCUUGGGACAUUGUUGGCAUUGCCCAUUUUAUUCAAGGAAGAAAUCUGCUGAAGCUUGGCAGCCUCUCUGAAGCUUACCUGUCAUUUUCACGAGCCCUGGAAAUUCCGCACUAUCAUGAUAAAGCGAGAACAUUCCAGCAACAAGUAGUUGUGGACAUAGCCGCGCGUGAGGCUACUGCAUAUGCUAGCUCUGAUACGGCCUCCCUUCGUCCCACUAACAGUUGCCGAGGUAGUGUGAGCUCAAAGUCAAAUUGA